AUGACAACCAAUUCUAAUACCAUUAAUAAUCUUAAGAGAGCAACUUGUAAUAACUGUGGAUUAUUUUGGAAAUAUAGAAAACCUUAUAUUCUUCGCAAACAUUUAGCUAACCAUUGUAAAAAAUGUUCUAAAGAAAUUAGUUUAUAUUUUGCAAGUAUUGUAGGUAAAGAUAAAGGAAAGCAGGAUAUUGAAGUUAAAUAUAUUUCUAGUAAAUCAGAUGAACCUCCUAUUAAAAAAUCUAAACAAACAGCAAUGUCUAAUUUUUUUGAACCAAAAAAAAAAUUAGAAAAAGAAAAAAUUGAUGAAAUAGAUUGUAUUAUUACCAAAGCAUUUAUAAUGUCUAAUAUUUUAUUCA